AUGAAUACUCUUAACAAAUUUGUUGGUUUCAAACCAAUCUCAUCGAUCAUUUCAAACCCAAUUGUUAAGCAACAAGGUGUUAAUGUUGUUGAUGUUGUUGGGAACCAUAACCUUUAUAAUAGUAAUAGUGUUUAUAAUAGUCAUCAAUUGCCAUCAUCAUCAACACCAACAACAUCAUGGUUAACGAGAAAGGAUAAACGACUAAUCUUUUCAGGUUUGAAUAAAUCAACUCUUUUAUCUUCCUCUUCUUCAUCUACUUCAAUCUCCUCAUUAUUAUCUUCAUCUUCAUCACAAUCAUCAACAUCACUACAAAAACGUAGACUCUUUAAAGUGGCAAUAGUGGUGGAUAUAGUGGACAAUACCGAUCAAGUAGUGGAGCAGGAUUAG